GCUGAAUGAUUAAUAAAUAAUCUGGGGCAGGCAGUUACAGGAAAAGGCUAGUCUAGUUAUUGGGUGGUGUUCUGUUUGCUCUAACCACUUCCUUGCGCAGCAGCUAGAAGCGUCUAAUCAGAUCAGCGCGACAGGUUCUCCGGUCAGAGCCCCCACUCAGUUGCAGGUUGAAACAAGAUGGGCGGCAUUUUUUCAACAGAGGUGAGACUGAAAAAGCUGGAGAACGAGGAGGCAGAGAAGAAGAGACAGCACGAGAAGGAAGAGAAGCAGCGAGAGCAUGAGAAGGAAGAGAAGCAGCGAGAGCGCGAGGAGGCAGAGAAGCAGCGAGAGCACGAGAAGGAAGAGAAGCAGCGAGAGCUCGAGGAGGAAGAGAAGAAGAGAAAGCACGAGGACCGGGAAAGAGAGCGACAGCACAAGGAACGCAUGCAUCAGAGAGAGCUUAAAGACAAGGCCGAGGAAAGAGAGGCCCGGCGCCAGAUGCAAGAGAGAGAGUAUGAGGAGCAAGAGAAGAAGAGGAAGCAUGAGAAGAUCAUCACAGAGCUGCAGAACAGAAACCUGGAGUUGCGCAUUCUCCGCCUAACUGGUCUCUCAUCCAGUAAGAAUUCCCCACAACGCAUUCUUCAAGAUGCUCUCUUAUCCACCACACGCCCCACUACGCCUGAUACUCUUGAGAAUGCUGAUGACAGCAGUGACGAUGACGUGUAUUGAACUGUACACUGUUCUUAAUCCUUCUGAAUGGAGGAACCGUGAUUCCCAGCUGUGAUGCCCAGUGUAUUGUCGCCUAACCUGCCCAGCACAAAGCACGUAGUCCAUUUCUCCUCUCACCUUCCCCUUUGCACUAAUGGAAUGCUUUUCCCACCCAGGGGUUUAUUUCUGACUUUCCCUCUUGCUUUUUUGAGUCCUAUUUAUUGGCAGUGCUAAUAAAGACACAAGCA